UUGCAGAUCCCUCAGAUCAGUUAUGCCUCUACGGCUCCAGAGUUGAGUGAUGACCGACGCUAUGACUUCUUCUCUCGUGUUGUUCCUCCUGACUCAUUCCAAGCUCAGGCCAUGGUGGACAUUGUCAAGGCCAUGGGCUGGAACUACGUUUCAACGGUGGCAUCAGAGGGUAGCUAUGGAGAGAAGGGUGUCGAGGCCUUCAUGCAGCUAUCCAGGGAAGCAGGUGGAAUCUGCAUCGCUCAGUCCCUGAAAAUCCCACAUGACCACAAACAGGCGGACUUUGACAAGAUUAUUCGCCAGCUUCUUGACACACGACAUGCCAGGGCGGUCAUUAUUUUCGCCUACGACGAAGACAUUCGAGGGAUUCUCAAUGCCUCUAAAAGAGCAGACAAAGUUGGACAUUUUCUGUGGAUUGGAUCAGACAGCUGGGGGGCUAAAAACAGUCCCAUACACCAGCUAGAGGAUGCUGCAGUGGGAGCCAUCACCAUCCUGCCAAAACGAGCCACAAUAGCUGGUUUUGAUGCCUAUUUCACUUCCCGUACCCUGGAGAACAACCGUAGGAACGUGUGGUUUGCUGAGUUCUGGGAGGAGAACUUCAACUGCAAGCUAAUGAGUUCCUCCAAGAAAGAGGAGACAAGCCGGAAGUGCACAGGUCAAGAGCGAAUCGGGGUAGACUCAAAGUACGAACAGGAGGGGAAGGUGCAGUUUGUGAUUGAUGCUGUCUAUGCCAUGGCCCACGCACUGCACAGCAUGCAGAAGGACCUGUGUCCAGAGCACUCUGGAAUCUGCUCUGAGAUGGACCUGGCUGGGGGCAAGAAAUUGCUGAAGUACGUUCGCAGUGUCAGCUUCAAUGGGAGUGCCGGAACAUCUGUGACUUUCAAUAAGAAUGGAGAUGCUCCAGGACGCUAUGACCUGUUCCAGUACCAAAUGAACAAUAACAGUUCUCCAGGAUAUAAAGUUAUUGGCCAGUGGAUGGAAACACUCCAACUCAAUAUUGAGGAAAUGCAGUGGCCUAACGGAGAGCUGGAAGUGCCCAGUUCAGUGUGCAGUAAACCCUGCAAAACAGGUGAGAGGAAGAAGAUGGUUAAAGGCAUGCCAUGCUGCUGGCACUGCGAGCCGUGUGACGGCUACCAGUACCAAUACGAUGAGACAUCCUGCAAGCUGUGUUCCUAUAACAUGAGACCCAACCCCAACAGAACAGCAUGCCAGCCAAUCCCCAUCGUCAAGCUGGAGUGGCACUCUCCCUGGGCAGUCAUCCCAGUCUUCCUUGCCAUGCUUGGCAUCAUUGCUACUAUCUUUGUAAUGGCCACUUUUAUCCGUUACAAUGACACUCCUAUUGUGCGAGCCUCAGGAAGGGAGCUGAGUUAUGUUCUUCUGACUGGCAUCUUCCUCUGCUAUAUCAUCACCUUCCUCAUGAUAGCCAAGCCGGAUGUGGCUGUCUGCUCCUUUAGACGCAUCUUCUUGGGUCUGGGCAUGUGUAUCAGUUACGCAGCCCUGCUUACCAAGACCAAUCGUAUCUAUCGCAUCUUUGAGGAGGGAAAGAAGUCCGUGACACCACCCAAACUCAUCAGCCCUACCUCCCAGCUGGCCAUCACCUCAAGCCUCAUUUCUGUGCAGCUCUUGGGGGUCUUCAUAUGGUUUGGGGUAGACCCCCCCAAUACCAUCAUUGACUAUGACGAACAGAAGACCAUUGACCCAGAUCGAGCACGAGGGGUACUCAAGUGUGACAUCACAGACCUACAGAUAAUCUGCUCACUGGGAUACAGUAUCCUGCUCAUGGUGACAUGCACAGUGUACGCCAUCAAGACAAGAGGUGUGCCUGAAAACUUCAAUGAGGCCAAGCCCAUUGGUUUCACCAUGUACACCACAUGUAUUGUGUGGCUAGCAUUCAUACCCAUAUUCUUUGGCACAGCACAGUCUGCAGAAAAGCUGUACAUCCAGACAACCACUCUCACUAUCUCCAUGAACCUGAGUGCAUCCGUGGCUUUGGGGAUGCUCUACAUGCCCAAAGUGUAUGUCAUCAUCUUUCAUCCAGAGCUCAACGUACAGAAGAGGAAGCGCAGUUUCAAAGCGGUGGUAACAGCUGCCACUAUGUCUUCAAGGCUUUCCCACAAGACAAGCGACCGGCCCAAUGGAGAGGCCAAGACUGAACUGUGUGAAAACGUGGAUCCCAAUAGUCCAGCCACAAAGAAGAAGUAUGUGAGUUACAACGACCUUGUGAUCUAA